AUGCGGUUCUCUACCCUCCGCAUAGCAGGGGCUACCUGCCUGCUGUCCCAAGCAGCAAAUGCCCUGCAGGUCACGCUCUCUGAUACCAAUUCCGUCAAAGAGGCUGCCAGCACCGUGGCCUACGGUCUCGUCAAGUACUAUACCGGCAACAACACAGGCGAUACGCCAGGCAACCUGCCCUCGCCGUACUUCUGGUGGGAAGCCGGCGCCAUGUUCGGCACGCUCAUCGACUACUGGUUCCUGACGGGUGACGAUACGUACAACAACAUCACCACAGAGGCCAUGCUGCACCAGGUGGGCGACAACAACGACUACAUGCCCAUCAACCAGACACGGACCGAAGGCAACGACGACCAGGGUUUCUGGGGCAUGGCUGCCAUGUCGGCCGCCGAGAACAACUACCCCAACCCGCCAUCCGACAAGCCGCAGUGGCUCGCGCUGGCCCAGGCCGUGUUUAACCAGUAUGCCACACGCUGGGACACGACGACGUGCAACGGCGGCCUGCGCUGGCAAAUCUUCCAGUUCAACAACGGCUUCGACUACAAGAACUCGAUUGCCAACGGCUGUUUCUUCAACAUUGCCGCGCGCCUGGCCCGGUACACGGGCAACCAGACGUAUGCCGACUGGGCAGAGAAGAUUUGGGACUGGGAGACGGGCGUCGGUCUGAUCACGUCCGACUACCGGAUCUUGGACGGCGCCACCGACUCGCCACAGAACUGCACGAACCCGGACACCUUCCAGUGGUCGUACAACGCCGGCAUCUUUUUGCACGGCGCGGCCAUCAUGUACAACAUCACCGAGGACUCGGCCACGUGGAAGACACGCCUCGACAGCCUGCUGGCGGCGACCACGGGCCACUUCUUUACAAACGGCAGCAACAUUCUCGUGGAGCAGGCCUGCGAGACGGUGCAGCUGUGCGACAACGACCAGCAGAGCUUCAAAGGCUACAUGCUGCGCUGGCUCUCAGGCGCUGCGCAGAUGGCUCCGUACCUGUUCCCGACCGUCACGCCGCUGCUGCAGGCCAACGCGGCUGCCGCGGCGCUGGCGUGCACGGGGUCGCCCGCGUCUGGGUUCAAAGGCAUGGCCGGCACGGCGUGCGGUUUCAAGUGGACGACGGGCGGGUUCGACGGGCUGGUGGGCGUGGGCGAGCAGAUGAACGCGCUGUCGGCGCUCAUGUAUUCCUUGGUGCACCCCACGACGGCGGCGGCGGUGACGUCGUCGUCGGGCGGCACGUCGGUGGGCAACCCCAACGCCGGCACCAAGCCGUCGACGGCGCUGACGCUGAAGCCCAUCACGACGGGUGACCGCGUGGCCGCGGGCUUUGCGACGACGGCAAUUGUCUUUUCGAUUUUGGGCGGCAGUGUGUUUGUGUUGAAAUAG